AUGGCCCAACUACCGCCGUACCUGGUGCGGAUUGUCGCAUCGAUGCUGACGCAGGCGCUCACACGUAAACUGGCUAACUCGCCACUGUUCUUCCGCGUCGUCGACCGCAUGAUCCACGAGAUCGACCACAUGCCACAUCGAGUACAAGGACGGCAAGUGCCUCCGUAUCAACCACCAUUGGGUAUGCGAGAGAGCGAAUGGGAUCAGGACCACGGAGAACCGCACAAUGAGCCAUCGCCCUUCCCGGUGUCUGCCAAAGGCAAGCAAGCCGGAAGCGCAACAGCAGAGGGAGAUUCAAAUAGACCGCCAACGAGCUUUGAAGAGGCGCAAAGACAAAGAGCCAGAAUGUCGUAUCAACAGUCACAGAGGUUGGCGCAACGCGACCGAGCGAGAGCGCAGGCGCAGCAACAGACAGUCAAGGAUGACUCGGUGUCGAAAGAGCUCAAGGAGUUGCAGGAUAAGCUGCGUGAACUACGGAACAGCAAGCCGUCGGGAUCCUCAUAG